AAUCCAUAUCCAGGGAACCGCUGACACUUGUCCAAACUUUCUUAAAUGUCAUCACAUCAAUAAGACGAAGCGCUGUACAUUUUUGUCAAUAAGCAAUUACCCGCUGAUGUCCCGCACCUUAUAUAAUCUCGGACGUCCAUGUUAGAGCAGGUCUUCACCGCUGUCAAAACAAGGCGAACGUCCCACAAUGGCUUCUUCUCUGAUCAUUGUCCUGGCCAUCGUCGGCUGCGCCCACAACGGCAUGGGGCAGAGCCCCGAUUACAGAUUGCGUGAGUUUGGCAGAGCCAUGACCAAGUUCUCCCAGAUGCUGCACAAGGAUCUCGCUCUGGAAAAGGUCAACUCCGUCUACUCGCCAGCCAGCAUCCAUCUCGCCUUGUCCAUGGCUUACCUUGGGGCUGAGGGCCAAACAGCCGAAGAAAUGAGAUCCGCUCUGCAGGUAAGCUUUCAUAACGGUAUACAUUUCUGAGGCAGUGGGGAGAUUUUAAAAAAAAAUGAGUAACAAUAUAAUUUUAAAUAAAACCAGCAGAGGCGCCGCCUUCGUUGGUAUUUACUCUCAUUCGAUUCAACAGUAAUGUUUUAUGAUUUAUAUAAAAUGUGGCGCGUUUUACUUUUCAUUCGCCACAACUCUGGCUAUUUUGAAAAAAAAAAAAAGCAUUGCCCAACUUGGUCUAGGAUUAAUUAAUCAAUAAUGAUACGUUUCACAAAGUUGAGUAUCAAGUAAAUUAUCACCCGACACAAUUUUCUAAUGUAAAUAGCAAAGCCACCCCACGCAUCCCACGCACCGUGCACAGGAAAGACGUUUAUUUUGUGUGCAACACUUAAACACUUACAAUAAACGCCCAUGACCGACCUAGCCGCCAAUAAAAAAAUCACAAUUUGUUAUUUGUAGAGCACCUAUAAGAAACAAAACGUCAACGGGGAUCUCCGGAGCCAGACAUUUCCCAUCAUGGCCCGAAAUACGAUUCGUCCACCCUACGCAAUCUCAGGAACACAUCUUCCAAAAAAAAAUGUACCAAUACGAUUCUUCCACCCUACACAAUCUCAGGAACACAUCUUCCAAAAAAAAUGUACCACUUUCACAAAUCCUUCCUAACUACCUACAUCUCGCCACUGAUCACACACACCAUCCAGUGACUACAAUAUGGAUGUUCAUUUCUGUUAUCUGUAUGCAGCUUCCAUAAUAUAAAAAUAAACCGAAUCAUAAUAUAAUAUCUUGACUAUAAAUAUGUUUACUAUAUGUUUAUAUGUCCACACAUAAUGUACAUUCACAGCUGACCGAUUUGAAUGAUCCGAGAGAUCCACACGAAUCACACCAGACAUGGAUCAAGGGCGUGAGAGACCAAGAAGAGGUCCGAGUCGACAUUGCCAACAGCCUUUGGUACAACGACAAGUACGAAAUUAAGUCUAAUUACCAGGUACUUAAAACGAAAUUUUUUUUUUUAUCUACGGCAGUAACUUAUUAAAAAAUAGUCUUAAAGUGUUUUUUUAAAACUCAAAUAGUCUUAAAACAUUUAAUGUCUGUUGUCGUUUUCUUUGAAGUCUAAUUAGUUUGUCCAACUUUACAGACUUUUCGUUAAAGAAUAGCAAUUAUUCACUAUACUUUGGCAUAUAAUAUCCAUCCAUCCAUCCAUCCAUCCAUCCAUCCAUCCAUCCAUCCAUCCAUCCAUCCAUCCAUCCAUCCAUCCAUCCAUCCAUCCAUCCAUCCAUCCAUCCAUCCAUCCAUCCAUCCAUCCAUCCUUCUCUCAUAUAUAUAUAUAUAUAUAUAUAUAUAUAUAUAUAUAUAUAUAUAUAUAUAUAUAUAUAUAUAUAUAUAUAUAUAAUGAAGAUAUUUUAAAAUUAUAAUUUUACACACGUGUUUAGGUAGGUAGAUAAAGGUCUUUUUGUGAGCGGGUGUACUUCUUAAAGUCUAGUGCGUAGUAACUAAACAACCAAGUCUUGGUAGCUUAGUUUCGGACGGAACAUCGACAGACUAAAUCCUAUAACUUUGCAUGCUAGACAACAACAGAGACACACUGUCGUCUUGCACAGGGCUGACUUAUUGUCCCAAAACUUGUCAUUGGGGGAGGCUAGGGUGUCAGGAGGGUCCUACCCCUGCUGAAUUCGAGCCCCAAAACUUGUCAUUGGGGGAGGCUAGGAUGUUAGUAGGGGCCUACCACUGCUGAAUUCGAGUUACAAACUUGUCAAAAGGGAGGCUAGGAUGUCAGGUGGGUCCUACCACUUCUGACUUAGUGUCCCAAAGCUUCUCAUUGGGGGAGGCUAGGGUACAAGGCUGAUCCUAUGCUGCUGAUACUUUAUAUGGCAAAUACCAAGCAGUUGGAUCUUGUUGACAAUGUUGACUUCGGGGGGCCAUAGAAAAACCCUGUCAGCUCGCCCCCCCCCCCAACCUUUUCCACCAAGCGUAUGGAUUAUUAAAUUAACAAACUUAAAGCUGCGAUCAAGAGAUCUAUAUUGCAUCAACUCAAAUAAUGACUUCGGGGGGCCAUAGAAAAACCCUGUCAGCUCGCCCCCCCCCCCCCAACCUUUUCCACCAAGCGUAUGGAUUAUUAAAUUAACAAACUUAAAGCUGCGAUCAAGAGAUCUAUAUUGCAUCAACUCAAAUAAUUGUCCAGAGAAAGGGGAGAUAGGAUGAAUGUUUAUUGUCUACGCUCUUCAGCUCUCAGAAAUGUUAAUAUUCAGGAUAUACAACCGUAUGUUUUCUCUCCGUCAUUUAAUUAUUAUCGCACCAAUCACCAGACUAAUUCACAACAGUGGCUGCACAUGGGGUGGUCCUCAUCGGGGGGGGGGGGAAUUUUUUAAUUCAUAUGGACGGGCUGCAUUUUCGGCCAAGAAGCGGGGGGGGGGGGCAAAAUGCUCAGCCCGCUCCGGGCGGCAUUUACUCCAGCUACGCAACUAAUUGUAAUUCUGCACAACCAAAUGACAUCUGAAACCUUCAGACCCCGUGAACGUGGUUUUAUCAGUCUGCGUGCUGCAUUUCCAUUUUUUUAUAAACAGCCUGUUGACAUAUUAUGUGUGCCAUAAUAUUUACUUUUCCACUUUUGAAUUUUUUAAACUAGCAACAACUCAGAGAAAAGUAUUUGGCCGAUGUUGAAAAGCUGGACUUCUCAUCUAACAAGCCUGAACAACGAAUCAAUGAGUGGGUGGCUAACAUAACCGACAAGAAUAUUCAAGAAAUCAUCCAACCUGGCAAGCUUUCCAAAGACUCGACCAUUCUGGCACUCAUCAACGCCAUCUACUUCAACGGAACCUGGGAUAAGCCGUUUAGCAACGAGAGCACAAGCAGAGAGGAGGAUUUCACCAGACCCGAUGGUAGCAAAGUUAAAGUGGAUCUGAUGAGACAAGACGGUAUUUUCAAAGUCAAGGAACUGAAGUCUCUGAAUGCUGACGUCUUGAAAUUAUACUUCCAAGGCAAGAGAUUUUCCCUCAAUUUCAUUUCCCCUAAGUCUACUUCCGGGUUAAGAAACAUUGAGGAGAAGCUCAUCAGCGGAAGCGAGCAGUUGGACUCCAUCUUGGAUGGCAUGGAGGAGGAAGCUUUGGACAUCAGUGUACCGAAGUUCAAGAUCAGUGCCACAAUGGAACUGAAGGAAGCCUUGAAGAGGCUCGGUCUAGAAAAGGCUUUCAAAGACGACGCUGAAUUCCCAAAGAUCUCUUCGCAGAAAUCCAAAAUAACCGACGUUAACCACAAGACUGUCAUAGAAGUCCAGGAGUCGGGUACGGUCGCUGCUGCCGCCACAUCUAUAAGCAUAUCCACCACAAGCCUUAAGCCCCGUUUCGUUCUUGACCACGCUUUCCUGUUCUUCCUGAUGGACGAGAGACAGCGAGUGAUUUUGUUCCACGGAAAGAUCACAGACCCCUCCAUUGAAGAGAUUGAUAUUCAUUAAAUAAUACAGUAUUGUCUUUAAGCUUAGUUAUCAAAACUUCGACGACACAUGCUCUUUACUGUUAGUCUAGAUUUUGAAUUGAAAAAUUAAAUUAUUUUUGUUUGCUUAAAGUUGUUUUUUUAUGUCUCUUUACAAAACCAAUCCCUAUUCAAUUAAUAAAACUUUAAUGAAUAAUGUCAAUUAAAAACUAUUCUUAAAAAAAUUAAAACAUUGACAAAAGAAAAAGAAAAAAAGGAAAAAAAAACCCAUAAAAAAAAAACCAAAAACAACACAUUAUACCCAAGACGAACGAAGACGAAAUCAUCAUUUUGGUAUAAAAACAUGAUUAAAU